GACUGGAGAGAGACCCAGGGAGGAGAUAACACAGUCUGAAACUUCGGUGAGCUGCUGAGUCCUUGCUCUUUCUUCGGACUUUGCUUCCCAUUUCUUUCCCUCCCGGAUUCUGCAGGAACCAGUUGCUUGCUCCCUCUGGGACCCCCGUCCUGUAAUCCGCCUCCCCUGCUGGAGAUUCCUGGCCCCCUUGGGCUUCUCAGAUCCAGAUCCUGAGGCGACGCCGAGCUUCUCGCCGGCUCCCUCCCCCGCCUCUCUCUCUCUCUCUCCCCUGUCUCGGGAUGGGUGCCCGGACCGGAUCAUGGCAUUGGCUGCCCCUGCUUCUCCUGGUCCUCUUCUCUGGGCAGGUGGCAAACUCCAGGCAGGACAGGACAUCGCUGCGGAGGCCAGAUCGACCGAGUCCACCUCAGGAUGUGCAGCUGGAAGCCCUGAACUGUACGGCCUUCCGAGUCCGAUGGAAAACUCCGCGGAGGCACAGCAGAGUCACCGGAUACAUGGUCCUGUACGCGGAGGUGAAGAACAACCGUGGGUCCUUGCCCAAGAGAACUCAAGAUCUGGUGCUUAACCUGAAGAACCGCAGCGGGGAUCAGACGAAGGAUCUACAACCCUAUGAGCUGGUGGUGGGGAACCUCCUUCCUGGGACCAGAUACCGGGUGUCGGUGCGAGCUCACACUCCGGCAGGCGAUGGGCGGCCUAGCCCAUCGAAGGAUGUGUCUACUGUGUCUCAAGACCGGUGCUUGCCCCCAGACGCCCCGUCUAGACCAGAGGCUGCUGCUAUGUCUGACUCGGAGGUGGCGCUUUCGUGGAAGCCGGGGAGGAGUGCGGGGAGUUCUCCGCUCCGGUAUUACACGGUGGAAUUCAGCCGGUCUGCACAAAAUGAAGCUUGGAUGCUGCUCGGGGAACGAAUCCAGUCGGAGUCCAUGGUGAUCAAGGAGCUGGAAUCCGGGACUUGGUAUCAGUUUGUGAUCCGGGCCGUCAACGCCCAUGGCUCCAGCCUGCCCAGUGAACCCAGCAACCGGGUCAAGACCCUCGCAGUGGAGCAGAGUGUGCCUGUACAGUGGACCUUCCGAUACGAUGUGGACCCCGGGUACCGGUUGGCAGGGCCGGAGGACGGAGGCAGCGGUCACUCCGGACGGCGUCACCCUGCAGAGACCGGGCGCGGCGGGGGUGUCCACCUUGACGGCUCCGACAUUCACAUCGAGAAGCUCCACUCCCCCUCCAUCCUCGAGGGAAGGACCAGCCUCAUGCAACCUCCGGUGAGAAGACCAGCUGCCCCUCCCCAAGACUUGGCAGCACCCAGGGGUGUCCAGGACCUGCCGUGUGAGGAGGCCACCUGUCCGCUCAACAGCUUCUGCACCAGCGACUACGAGACCGGAGGUUCCUGGUGUCACUGCAACCUGGGCAAGGCCGGGGACAGGUGUAGUACAGAUAUCUCCAUUCAGUAUCCAAAGUUCUAUGGACACUCCUACCUCACCUUCGAGCCCCUCAAGAACUCCUACCAACGCUUCCAGAUCACCAUAGAGUUUAAGGCAGAGGGGAGCGCGGACGGGCUGCUGCUGUACUGCGGCGAGAGCGAGACGGGGCGCGGAGACUUCCUCUCCCUGGCCGUCAUCCAUAGACACCUCCAGUUCAGGUUCAACUGCGGCACGGGGGCAGCGGUGGUGGAGAGCGAGAGCGAGGUGCGGCCACACCGCUGGCACACCGUCACCCUGUUCCGGGACGGGACCGCUGGCUGGAUCCGGCUGGACAACGACACCCCCGUGUCUGGCAGGUCCCAGGGCCACUACUACAAGAUCACCUUCCGCUCUCCCAUGUACCUGGGCGGCGCCCCGGGAGCCUAUUGGCUGGCCAAGGUCGCAGGAACCAAUCAGGGAUUCCGAGGCUGUGUGCAGUCACUGGUGGUCAAUGGCCGGAGGGUCAACCUGAGGCCCUGGCCCCUGGGUCGGGCCCUGAGUGGGGCCGAUGUAGGGGAGUGCAGCGCUGGCUUGUGCCGCGGGAUCUCCUGUGCCCACGGGGGCUCCUGUGUCCCCAACAGUGCCGACUCCUACCUGUGUCUGUGUCCGCUGGGGUUCCGAGGUCCACACUGUGAGGAGGCCUUUAAGCUGGUGGUGCCACACUUCAACGCCUCGCUGAUGUCCUACGGCAGCGUGGCCUGGCCCAUGCAGCUCCAGCACUACUUGUCCUUCAUGGAGCUCCAGCUCUCAGUCCGGCCCCAGGCUGAGGGCGGCCUCAUCCUCUACAGUCACGACGCGGCCAGCAAGGACUUCAUCGCCCUCACCCUGGUGCACCGCUACCUCGAGUUCCGCUUCGACUGCGGCUCGGGGACCGCCGUCAUCAGGAGUGAGGAGCCCCUGGCCCUGAACCAAUGGCAUGAGGUGAAGGUGUCGCGCACAGCCAAGAGCGGCAUCCUGCAAGUGGACAACCAGCGCCCGGUGGAGGGGAUGGCGGAGGGAGCCUUCACCCAGAUCCGGUGCAGUACGGACAUAUUCCUCGGAGGGGUCCCGGACUACGACAGUGUGAGGAAGAACUCGGGGGUCCUGGAACCUCUCUCCGGGAGCAUUCAGAAUCUGAUCCUGAAUGACCGGAGCGUCCGACUGGACCAGGACUUCCGGGUGGGAGUGAACCUGGAGAACACAGCCCACCCAUGCGUCUCCAGCCCCUGUGUCAACGGAGGCUCCUGCAGACCACGCCACGAUGCCUUCGAGUGCGACUGCCCGUUGGGCUUCGAUGGGCUCCGGUGUCACAAAGAAUGUGGGAAUUACUGCCUGAACACUGUAACAGAAGCCAUUGAAAUCCCUCAGUUCAUUGGCCGCAGUUACCUCACCUACGACCAUCCAAACUUCCUCAAGCGGGUGUCGGGAUCCAGGACCAACAUCUUCAUGAGGUUCAAGACGACGGCUGACGAUGGAUUGUUGCUGUGGAGAGGGGACAGUUCCAUGAGGCUCAACAGUGACUUCAUCUCCCUUGGUCUCCAGGACGGGGCCUUGGUGUUCAGUUACAAUCUGGGCAGCGGGACGGUGGGCAUCAUGGUCAAUGGAUCGUUUCAUGAUAACCGCUGGCACCGGGUGAAGGCGGUCCGGGACGGGCAGUCUGGGAAGUUAACAGUCGACGAUUACGGAGCCAAGACGGGGAGGUCACCGGGGAAGAUGCGGCAACUCAACAUCAACGGACCUCUGUUUGUGGGGGGAAUGAAGGAGAUCGCGCUCCACACCAACCGGCAGUACAUACGCGGACUCGUGGGCUGCAUCUCGCACUUCACCCUGUCCACCGACUACCAUGUGUCCCUGGUGGGGGAAGCAACCAGCGGCAAGAACAUCAACACCUGUAGGACCAAGUAG